GAAGAACGACGAGCGACAGCGAGGUUCAUUCAUUCUACACCAUCCGGCCAUCAAAUUUCGACCGCAAGCCUAUACUCACCGCCCAUCAUGCCUUCCGAAGUUUCCGAUAUCAAGCAGUUCAUUGAGAUCUGCCGACGGAAGGACGCUUCCUCUGCUCGCAUCAAGCGCAACCGCAGCACCCAGCAGAUCAAGUUCAAGGUCCGAUGCAACCGAUUCUUGUACACCCUCGUUCUCAGAGACUCCGAUAAGGCAGACAAGCUUAAGCAGAGCUUACCACCUGCCCUGAAAAUCGUUGAUGUCUCCAAGGGUACCAAGAAGAAGUCCACCUAGAUAGUUGGCAUGGGUGAAAUGAGAGGUGGUGCUGUCGAAAAAAA